AUGUCCCCCCAGUCACUGCGUGCACAUGUAGGAGAAACAAUUAAUGUGACUUGCCCAGCCCGUAAUUCUGGGCCGGGAACCAGAAAGUUUGUCUGUAAGAAACCAUGCGGUGGGAAUGACGUCAGCAUCAAGUCUGAUCAGCCAUCGCAUGGGAGAUACACAGUGGAGAACUCAGAAACAGGACAGUUCAUUGUGACCAUCAGUAAACUGCAGAAGUCAGAUGCUGGGACAUACCGGUGUGGAGUGGGCGGCUUUAUGUAUCAUGACGUGGAUGUCACAGUUGUGGGCGAUGAUGAAAUUACCACUUCUGUUUUGAAGACGACUACUCAGCCCGCUGUGACAGAUCAUACAGGUGAGAGGUUUGUGAUGUCCCCCCAGUCACUGCGUGCACAUGUAGGAGAAACAAUUAAUGUGACUUGCCCAGCCCGUAAUUCUGGGCCGGGAACCAGAAAGUUUGUCUGUAAGAAACCAUGCGGUGGGAAUGACGUCAGCAUCAAGUCUGAUCAGCCAUCGCAUGGGAGAUACACAGUGGAGAACUCAGAAACAGGACAGUUCAUUGUGACCAUCAGUAAACUGCAGAAGUCAGAUGCUGGGACAUACCGGUGUGGAGUGGGCGGCUUUAUGUAUCAUGACGUGGAUGUCACAGUUGUGGGCGAUGAUGAAAUUACCACUUCUGUUUUGAAGACGACUACUCAGCCCGCUGUGACAGAUCAUACAGGUGAGAGGUUUGUGAUGUCCCCCCAGUCACUGCGUGCACAUGUAGGAGAAACAAUUAAUGUGACUUGCCCAGCCCGUAAUUCUGGGCCGGGAACCAGAAAGUUUGUCUGUAAGAAACCAUGCGGUGGGAAUGACGUCAGCAUCAAGUCUGAUCAGCCAUCGCAUGGGAGAUACACAGUGGAGAACUCAGAAACAGGACAGUUCAUUGUGACCAUCAGUAAACUGCAGAAGUCAGAUGCUGGGACAUACCGGUGUGGAGUGGGCGGCUUUAUGUAUCAUGACGUGGAUGUCACAGUUGUGGGCGAUGAUGAAAUUACCACUUCUGUUUUGAAGACGACUACUCAGCCUGCUGUGACAGAUCAUACAGGUUAG